GACAGUCCGCUCGGCCGACAGACGCGUCCGCGACACCGUGCAGGAAGGUACCGUUCUCUCUGCGUUCACGGGGCUCGUCUCGACGCAGCGAGUGCCUCUUAAACCAUUGCUCGAGUCGCUCCUCGACGCGAGUAACGCGUGUCGGCCUACGAUCGUAUCGAGGCGAGAAGUCGACGAAGAAGUUUUCUCAGUGUUCUAUCGUCCUCCUGGGGAUUUACACAGAAACCGAUAUAUCGGUUCGGAUCUCGCGAUCGAACAAGUGAGAGAGCGUCGCUCCGUUUCACUGGUUAUGCGACCCGUGCGGAUCCGAAGUGCGUGAGAAAGUAUACGGGGGUGUGUUCCGGGUGUAAAAGGGCACCGCUCCGUUUCGCUAGAUUUCUGGUGCUGGUCCAUCCGUGAGAUUUCACGGUGCGAUCUCUGACGACUAGAGUUUCUUGUUCCUUGUUCCUGGUAGCUGCCAGGAUUGUCACAGAGGAGACACUGGUGCUUUUAUCGUUCAGUGAGAGUUUGCGCUUACAGUGAGAAAUCUUCGAUAGUUAUUUAGCCGAAGGUUUUCAUUCAUCUGAAGCAACGUCGAUCCGAGAGAAAAGGGUCGCUGGUGAGAUGCUUGGCAGGUUCACGGUUGUACGGUGAUUCGCGUGAUCCCGUCGCUGAGCGUCGGAUACCCUCACUGUCCGCGAACGACAGUCUUCCAUCUAUCGAACGGUGGAUUUAUCGUAAAAUCAUCUCUCCGAUGCGCCGCAUGUUCGACGAAGCUAUUAGACAGAAUCCUCUAUCGACAGUUCGUCGUCGUUUCUAUCGGAUUCCGGCAAAGUUAGACCAAUGAGAGGGCCAGUAAGGUGCGCUCCAGGUGAGAGAAACACGGGGUGGACCCAUGGAACGCGAACCACGGUGGGCACCGUUGGAAACAGAACACCGGAGAAAUUUCGCCGAUUCUAACGACCAAUCGCGCAUCACCGACGAUUUCAUCAAAGAAUUUCGCCACUCGUCGAGUCAACAACGUUCGACGACUUUCUCGAUCUGUUAGACGCUCCGGUAGAACACACCGAACCAGAGGAGCGUGCAAAAAACGUGGGAAGAUUUGUCGGUCGUUGAAAGUUGAACGAAAGCUGAGAGUCGCGAGAGGAAUGUAUCGAGGAUAAAGAGGGACGAACGAGGAUACGCGAGUCCCAGAAUUUCGAUCUUCGACUUGAGAAAAAAAGGAAAGGAAAGAGAUAGGACAGGAAGAAGAAGAAGAAGAAGAAGAAGAAAAGAAAACGAGAACCGAUUCUAACGAAAAUAGUGAAGUGUGGAUGUGGUGUCCGUGCAACAGUGGUGGAAGGUGGUUGUGGACGACAACAAGAAAAGUGCAGGUCGUUGUUUGUUAUUCUUGUUUUUGUCGUGGUUGUUUGUUGAUUGUUGUAUUCUUGGUGAGCAGUGGUGACGCGGUGCGCGCUGCUCGUUCGUCCACGUUGUUAACGAUGGUUUCCACGUCCUUUGUAACUUUGGUGUUCUUCGUCUGCCUGCAAACGAUUCUACUCUCCACUGUGAGCAACUGCGCAAAGACGAUCAGCAUGUACUGGAACACCACCAAUUCCAUAUUUCGAAUAGACAACACAGACCACAUAAUAGACGUGAACAAGAACAACGCGGCGUUCGAGUACGAUCAAGUGAACAUAAUAUGUCCUGUGUACCAGCCAGGAACGUAUGACGAGGACGCGGAGAAGUAUAUUAUUUACAACGUGUCUAAAGAGGAAUACGAAACAUGUCGGAUAACGAAUCCAAAUCCACGGGUGAUAGCAGUUUGCAACAACCCGUAUAAGACCAUGUACUUCACGAUCACCUUCAGGCCGUUCACACCGCAACCUGAAGGCCUAGAGUUCCUGCCAGGCCACGAUUACUAUUUCAUCAGCACUUCGUCCAAGGACGACCUUCAUAAACGCAUCGGUGGACGAUGCACCAGUAACAACAUGAAGGUGGUCUUCAAGGUGUGCUGCCGCAACGAGGCUGACACCUCGUCGUCGUCGGCUACAUCGCGCAACAAUUCCGUAGCUGUAACCAGCAGCACCGUGCCAAGCAGCAGCUCGACCAGCACCGCAGUUUUGGGUGGAGGAGCCGUCGGAAUACCACCCCUCUACCCUGUGCAUCCGCAUCAGCCUCCGAUUCACAAUGGACCGCCGUCCUCCUCGCCGCCCAAGACCUCGAUCGGCCAGAAGAAGAAGAACAAGGAAUAUUCGGACCAUCCGAACGAAGUUGUGAAGAACGAAGAAUUGACCUACAACGGGGCGAGUUCCAGCCGUGUUCAAGAUCGGUACUACCAGCUGGUGAUGGUGUUGACGGGAAGCUUGUUUAUCAGCGCGAUCAUGCCGCAAUUAUUACGGUGAAGCGACAACACUACCGACGAGAACGUAUAUCCCAUACGUCGAAACCCCUUUUUCUGUGAUUAUCCUACGUUUAAUUAAUUUCUUGAGGCACGCGUGCGCGCGCGCGCUCGCGUGGCCGCCCCUCAAUCGUGAAAAAUAAAUGAAAAAUAAAACGCGCACGAUUUAUGGUCGGACUGCCUCGAGAGAGAAAGAGAACGAGAAAAUUUAAUCGGGAGGGAACGAAGACAAAAACGAACAACAAUGGUUUAGAGAAAAAAGGAAAAUUAAAUGAAAAUAAAAGAGGAUGCGAGUUAUAAGAAGAACGAAGAGUCGGCAGAAAUAAUAAAAAAGAAAAUAAACGUAAAUGUCAAGAGAAGAGACACGCACGGCACACGAGCAGCAACGCCAUAUUGAAACUAUUCGAAAACGAAGAACGAAGACGUAGAUAGUAAGAUUACAAAGACGAAGAAAGACGAAACGAGGAGAAACGCUACUAUUAGACACUAUUAUAGUAUGCCCACUAUUAUCACUACUAUAAAUGGUAGUCGUAUUGGUUGUCCUUCUUAUCAUUACGCUAAUUCUAGGUAUUUAUUGGAAAUACGAGGAAAGAGAACGAAGUCGUGGACAGCGUGCUAAAUAUCCUCGAGCGUGGCAUACGCCGCGUAGCGAAUAAAUACGUCCGUCAAAGAGAAGCGCGAAAGUUGUUUCGUUUAAAUAUCAUAACCUCGCGCGUGAGGAUUUCGAAUGAUAAUGAUAUCGUACGACUGACAUCGACGUUGGUUGACGAACGGUCCUCUGUCAUCUAUGCCUCGAUUGCUUGAGAAUUAGUAUCGUACUUGAAAAGUCAAACGAUUAAGUUAACUUAGAAACUUAUAUGUAUAUAGAGAACCAAUUACUUACUAGGUUAGUAUGAUUUAAAACUUGCCAUCUUAGUAGAUGUAUCACUUAGCACUCGUUUUUCCGUUAAUAUUUUCAGUAUCACGCCCGCGCAAAUGUAGAUACGUCAUUUGUUUAACUGAAGAUUUCAGAUCAAUCACGUGACUUAUUGCGAUAAUCGAAUCAAACGUUAAUCCGCGAUUAGUCGCGAUGGUCGCGCCAAUAUUCGGAUCGAAAUCUAUCGAAGGAAACAGUCAUGGCGGAGGGUCGUUCGAUUUGCGUAAACAGUCGCGAGCAGGAUAAUUAGCACGCGUGUAAAUAAAUUCCUAAUGAAUAUGUACAAGUGGCUCUUGCCUCGUCUUCGGGGCAGAGGAAUUUAAGAGAGUGCCGUAUACUAGGUGAAAUCUUAUAUAUGACACACGGAAGAGUGCGAUACAGCGUGAGUGAACAUUUCCGAGUGUGACAGAGUAUGACGUGUGUGGGUGUAUUGCGAGGCGUAUGUGAACAUUCGUGAACACAAAGAUCGCCCAUUUGGUUAGGACACAAAACUGUGUAAGGUGCGAUAAACUUUUGUAAGUUCCGCCCGCGAUUCUCGCAAUCGUGACACUUUCGCGAACACGUGAAGUAUCGUCGGCGAAGAAAUUCGAAAAUUCCUCUCUUCGACCGAGUUCGUCGAAGGGAAAUGGCGAACGAACGAACGAACGAACGAAAGUAUGGUAUGUAAUGCGUGAGAGAGACUGAUCGCGGAGCGAACGAAAUAACAAUUUUUGUAUCAUAGUUGUACCAUACCGAACUUUAUCUAUAGAUCUGUAUUAUAUUUAUUAUCCGCUAUCAUUACGCUACGAAUAAUCACACUCGAUAUUCUAUAUUUACUAGUAAAAAAUAUCAAAUUUAAUAGCGAAUAAAUUGCGUAUUCGGCGGGGUAAUGAUAAAAGAAACGACAUGACGCGAGCUAAACGAUGAAUUCUCGACCCCUCUCAUCAUCGGAUCUGCCAUUUGUUGUUUCCUUCUAUUUUCUUUAAUUCUUUUUUCGUGCUGUAUUGCUCGAAAACGUCGAACACGCGCGUUCGAGUGCUUAUUUCGACGUGUGCUCGCUAUUUCAAUAAAUUGGCCGUGCGAUGGUCGGUUUCAUUUCGUCGAUUUCGGUAUCGUCUUUUGUGCUAUGUACAUCGUUCUUUUCAGUUGUCCCUAUGAUUCUCCUGUUUUUUUUUUUUUUAUACUCUAUUUAUUGUUCACCGCCACGCAGAUUUCGUUUACAUCCGCGUACUGACGAACGUACGCGCAUGCAAAUCGCAUUUAUUUGUAAAACGUACGGGAUUACAUGUAUACAUGCACAGUGGUCACGAUCGUUACACGCGAUCCCGCUCUGAUUUGUCGCGUACGUCGAUAACGACGCCCUCUUCGCUAACGUUCAAGCUCUGUUCACGCUGCGAUCGCAGCCGAUUUUACGUUACGAACGCCCAUUAACGCAUAACAUUGUGCACGUAUCCUGUACGUAUCCGUAAGCCCGUGUUUCGCUCGAUCACGAUCACGGAUCCAUAUUUCUCUCGAUCACACAAUUUUACCAUAAUCACACGACAAACGUCAACUACGUAUCUCGGAUUUUAUCGCGCGGAAUACGUUGUACCGGCAAUUAAUUAUAUAGUGCGCGCGCAUCUUGCGCAUGUCGCGUAUCGUAUCGUAUAAACGUAACUUGUAAUCUUUAAAAUUGCGUUCCCGCCAAUACAUUCGAUGAUUGGCCGCGCGGCUACGAUGGCGCUAUUUUAUUGCUUGCGUACUUACACAACUCUUAUUUACGCGCAUUUCAUCUUCCAGAAUGCAAAAUUAUCGUUUUUGCGUCCGACGUCUAGUUUGGCGAUCGACCGAUCACAAUAUACCAAACGUAUCUACCGAUUCUGUGUCGGCGAUACGAACAACACGGCGAAUAUAAUUACAUACAACCUGGUCUUAAAAAUGGAUCCGUGAGCACCAGUGUGAAUGGAGCUUCAAUAAGUGCACAUAGUUGUUACCGCGCGCGUAAAAAUGCACACACAGCGACCGAAGAGCGUUCGUGGCACGAGGAUGCGAAAGGAAGAAACUACAACGAGCAAAUGAUCGUUUCACGUUGGCCACGAGAAAAAGAGUUCGACCGAACGGCAACUAGAGUAACGAAUUAUUGUAAAUACGAAUAUGCGGAGAGAAUUACGUAUUGUAUAAGGCAGAGAGCGAGAGAAUGUAAGAAAGAUUAAUGAGAGCGCAAGGGAGAGAGAGAGAGAGAGAGAGAGAGAGAGAGAGAGAAAGAGACCCCAAUUCCGAAUCGUAGAUAAUAAAGAAAAGAUGUAUUCUGAUGGCUGCUCGAUUGACCGACUCGUUUUCAUCGUUCAUUGAUGGUUCAUCGUCCUUAAUUAUACGCGACAAUUAAAAUGGAAAUCAAUGACCACGAUCAGCCGGGAAUGUUGAGGGAAACGAUGGAAAUUAAAUGCGUGUAUAAUGUUAUCCAUUACAGUAUUGUAAGCCUAAGUAUUACAUGCCUCCGAUCCACGUCUGUUUGUCUGUCUGUCCGUUCGUCUGUCUACAGUUUGUACUUUUUACCCAUGUGUUAACCGCAAUAGCAAUUUCGUACACGUACGAGCGAUCGAUUACGAGAAAGCAGUUCGCGACGAUACCUACGAUUCCACGAUUCUUAGCAUGUAGAUUUCUCACAAAUGAUCAUAUUUUCGUUUCGUUAACUAUAGCUGCUACGAUGACAGUUUCUUUUAGUUUCUCUCUAGUCGUUUUCGUUCGCACACACAUGUAUACACGUGGAAUUGUUUGUGAGCCGCUGAUCAACCCGCAAAACGAAACCCAAAGACAAUCACCUGCACCAUUGUAAGGAAAAGCGUUCGAAGCGCCUCUGCGUAGAUCAGUCGUCAACUAUAGCGUCACGAUAUCAUUUAGGUAUAUACGAUUCGUUAACCCUCUCACACGAAGUAGAAGUAAUUUAACACACGAUUGUACAAAACGUUUCUCGUACAAGUUCGCUUUGCGGGUCUCAGAGGAUAUUACAUACAGUAACGUACAUUUGUAAAGGGACGCAAAUAGUAGAGUGCGUUUACGUUUCGAUCGGCAUGAUCGACGAUCCAUGUAACACGGUUGCACACACGUCUUGAAUCGUGGAUGUAUCGAUAGAACUGCUCCGGGCGGCGAAUUAUCGAUCGACUCGAAUUAAUCGAAUUAAUCAGAGCCAGCAUGAAAGCCCGUAAUCAAUUAAACAUAAAUGCAAUAGCAAUGCAGCAAAGUUACAUAGAUCCAAUGUGAAUGGUACUCAUUCUUACGGACGAUAGAUGAUACGGUAUAACAAUAAUAUAGACUCGAACUAUCGAUAGAAAAUAGACAAGGUCACUCACUGCAAUAUUUUUUUAUUUUUCUCUCCUUCAUUUGUCUUUCUUCUUUUCUUCUUUUUUUUUCGUUUCGACCGAUCCGCUCCGAAAGCACCCUCCGAUCCAUCCGUAACACCAAUCCCGACCACCACCACCACCACCACCACCACCACCACCACCACCACCACUACUACCGACCACAACGUGAAACGCUGCUCCUCGAAAGUUAUUUUUGUAAUCAUGAACAGGGACAAGCAUCGUACCAAUAAGGUAUUUAAAUCGUUAGUAGAAAGUAUAUAUAGAUAAUCGAUAUAAUAGAAAGUUUAACGACACCGAUAUAACAGAAACACACAGGAAUAAUCAUAAGGUCGAUGAACCUGAAGAUUACGAUUAAUUAGAUCGCGCGUUAAGAUUAGUCUUCGCUCUUAAUCGCGUACACAGACCGAUAUACAGUUACGCAUAAGUACGUAGACGCGUUGCAGAUGGCACGUUUCGAGCAGAAACACACGAAGAACAAAACGAGGAACAGGUUUCACAGUUUUCUAAUCCAAAGACGUUCGAACCUCCCCUUCAUUGCGAUUUUUAUCGUUCAUUUUCGCUAUUUCAUUGUGUUAUCCUCUCGUGUGCGUGUUUUGGAACAAUGUCAAGAGAUUAGAGGUCUUCGCGGGUGAAGAUCACAGCAGGCGACUAUUCGUACGCGAAAAGAGCUUGUUCCUCUCUUCUCGAGACAGGGGGUAUAAUGGGGAUGAGAUAAAACGAGGGCAGUAACGAGAAAGAAAGAAGUAACAGGGAUGGGAAAGGGAAAAGUAUGAAGGGAUCGAUUAAUUAGAUUUACCGCGUCGAAUUGACAACGUCGCGGAUUUAUCGAGCGUGAAAAUGGGAUCGAGAUGAUUUCGUAGGUACGUCGUUGUAAAUAGAGAAAUGAAGAAAAACAAGAAAAAGAUUACGAUCAAUAACGAUAACACGAUGAAAUUUAUAUUAAAUACAUAGCAAGUAUGAGGAUAGGUUUCUAAUAACAAUUUAUUAUAAAAGUGAAUGUACGUUGAUGUCUAAGAUUUUUAACAAGAUGGAAAAAAAGAUAAGAAAAAACACAAAGUGGUUAUUAUUAAACUAUGAUUAUUAACUCAUAAUCGAGAAAUACAAGUACUAAUUAAACAAAAGAGCGUUUGAAUACAGAACCACACUUUUUAGCCAGGUCAUGAAUUCUCUCACGUUGCAUAUAUUAAUUUUGUAACAGGUAACAUUACAUGACACAUACGAUCACGGUCACGGAAGCCAUACGGCAGGCGCCACGUUAUCACCGGAGCAACCGUUAGAUCAUUUCUUUUCUCUCUCCUGAACACGGUACACGUAUUUACAUAUAAAUUAAACAACAGUCGGGAUAUCAUGUUUAUAAAAUGGGAAAAAGAUGUCGAAAGAUGAUAUCACGCAGUUUAUUCGAUCGAUCGAUACGAUAUAUCGAGGAUAAGAAAAAAGAAAAAUAUGAAAACCAGCUUGGAGAAAGAAAGUAUCAACGGUUUGAAUAGUUCGAUCGGUUAGCGUUGUCUGACAAUCAAACGACCUAGUUUCCAAUUACGACGCAACAAUAUUUAUUCAGCCAUUAUCUCUCUUUUGCCUCACCUUCGCUCGAUCUAAAUUUGAACCGAGUAAACAGAUAAAAAGCAAAAGCUGAAAAAAAUUGUAAAAAUAGUAACGCGGUCCACGUGUGGCAUUCGUGAACAGGAUCGAUCAAUUAUAGAUUGCGUGUGCUCGCUAAGUAUGCACGUUCAGUACAGUACAGUCGUUCAUUACAAAGCAUUACAGAUACAAUACAAAGUAGCGUAGUGUUCAUAAUGGUAGUCCACUUGUAGCGAAAUAGCGUUUAAACAGUCCAAACAGACAACCAAACAAGCAAAAAAAAAAAAGAACCGGAAAAACGACAUAAUCGUCGGAAAAAUUACAGGUAACCAUAAAAAGUACACAGUAAACGUGAAUCGAUCUUCACGAAGUACGUGCAAGACACGCACACACAUGUACACACUACGACACGUGCACACGACACAUAUACACGUAUAUUGGCACAUAUUGCGAUACAAACAGUUUCAAACAUUGUCGAGGGCGUCGCGAGAAAAGGUGCGGCGUUACUCUAAAGAUAUGAAGAAAAAAAAAGAAAAAAAAAGUAUAUAUUUAAAUGUACACUCAUACACAGAUACAGAGACACGAUAUACACAUAUGCAAAAGCGACGCGACUUCGACGACCACGCGACGUAAAACGCAAAAGCGCGUGAAUUCACUCGCAGAAGCAGAGAAAGAAAGAAAGAAAGAAAGAAAGAAAGAAAGAAAGACGAAAGGUGGGAAAAAGGGUCGACGAUGCUCUAAACGUAAACUCGUCGGCGUCGCGCGAUUUAUAUAGCUAUAUUGUAUUAUGCAUGUCGAUAUACGGUCACAUAUAACGAUGGAAAAUGAAAGUAAACCAAACGAAACAAAAUAAAAAAAAAAGUGAAAAAGUAACUGGAAAAUGUUAAAAUGCCGGACAGGGAGACCGGGCGUCCCCCGAUAAAAUAAUAAUAAUACACGUACAUACUCACUCACAUAACACAUACAAAGUACGUCGACGCGUACGACGAAAUACGUCGGCGUCGAAACGUUUCAUUUUGAAAGUACCUUGCGCGAGUCGUCUCGAAUCGUUUAAGUACAAAUAAAAAAAAAAAAAAGAAAAAGAAAGAAAGAAAGAAAAGAAGAAGAUGAUGACGACGAUGA